AUGUGGGUGCUCUCUGCUAGUCAGUGCUACCAGCCCACUGUAUGGAUCAGACUGGGAGAGGUCAACAUUACAAUCUCUAAGGGCACCGAGCAGUUCAUCGUCCCCGACAAGGUCUUCAGACACAGAAACUACAACUCCAGAAACCUGGACAACGACAUUAUGCUGAUCAAGCUCGCUUCUGAGCUCACCCUCAACUCCAAAGUCAAGGCCUUGUCUCUGCCCACUGACUGUGCUGCUCCUGGUACCAGCUGUCUGAUCUCUGGAGGGGGCAACAAUCCGAGCAGUGGAGCCAACAUGGCCCACCUCCCGAAGUGUCGGAAUGCCCCCAUCCUGACUGCCACCCAGUGUAGGAAGGAUUACCAAGGUGAGAUCACCGACAACAUGAACUGCAUUGGUUGCCUGGAGAACGACAAGGAUUACUGCCAGGCUGCGUCUGGUACCCCCGUGGUGUGUAACGGAGAGCUCCAGGGUAUUGUCUCCCGUGGACAUGGCCAGGCUUUGAAAAACGCCAUCAUUGCCUACACCAAAGUCUGCCACUACAUGGACUGGAUCUCCAGCAUCAUAGCUGCCAACUAA